CACAUGCAGCGACGCAUGUGUUUAAGGACCCCGACCCUACUCUAUGCAGAGGGGGCGGUAGAAGUGAAACAAAUAGCCUGCACAGGACUCUACUAUCGCUGCUGGUGGUAACAACGAGUCUGGCACACGGAGGUUGCAAAAACAAACCAGAUUGCAAUAGAAGAUUAGGCGACACGGAAACAAAGCAGCUCUCUUCUCAGGAAUCACUGGGUUACCGACUGCCGUCCUGACAAAUUGGGGAAACUAUUGAAAACGCCAUUUUCGAGGUGGAGAGUACGCUGUCUGGCUACUCGUGGUAACACCCUAUCAUGCCUUUCCCCUUUGGCAAGUCCCACAAGUCACCAGCAGACAUCGUCAGGAACCUUAAAGACAACAUGACAGUGCUUGAAAAACAAGACAUUUCUGACAAAAAAGCAGAGAAGGCAACAGAAGAGGUGUCAAAGAGCCUGGUGGCCAUGAAGGAGAUCCUUUAUGGGACGAAUGAGAAAGAGCCUCAGACAGAAGCAGUAGCACAGCUAGCUCAGGAGCUCUAUAACAGUGGCUUACUCAGUACCUUGAUAGCAGGUUUACAGCUCAUUGACUUUGAGGGUAAGAAAGAUGUGGCUCAGAUCUUCAACAAUAUCCUGAGGCGUCAGAUUGGCACUCGGACACCCACAGUGGAGUACUUGUGCACCCAGCAGAAUAUUCUUUUCAUGCUACUUAAAGGGUAUGAAUCUCCAGAAGUUGCUCUAAACUGCGGAAUAAUGCUAAGAGAGUGCAUCAGACACGAACCACUGGCCAAAAUCACACUGUGGUCAGAACAGUUUUUUGACUUCUUCAGAUAUGUUGAAAUGUCCACAUUUGACAUCGCCUCAGAUGCAUUCGCCACUUUCAAAGAUCUUCUCACCAGACACAAGAUACUGAGUGCAGAAUUUCUUGAGCAAAAUUAUGACAGUUUCUUUAGUAAAUAUGAGAAGUUACUCCACUCAGAAAACUAUGUGACAAAAAGGCAGUCUCUCAAGUUACUGGGUGAGCUGCUUCUUGACCGGCACAAUUUCAUCAUAAUGACAAAAUACAUCAGCAAACCAGAAAAUCUUAAACUAAUGAUGAACCUCCUAAGGGAUAAAAGUCGCAACAUCCAGUUUGAGGCUUUCCACGUAUUUAAGGUGUUUGUUGCCAACCCCAACAAGUCCCAGCCCAUCUUGGACAUCCUGUUGAAAAAAAAGACAAAACUCAUCGAGUUCCUCAGCAAGUUCCAAAAUGACAGAACGGAAGAUGAACAAUUUAAUGAUGAAAAGACUUACCUUGUAAAACAAAUCAGGGAGCUCAAGAAGCCAUCUUCCCAGGAAGCGUGAGGAGUGAAGCAAAGGUGGAAGUGAGGAUAGGAAAGAGCCACCUGAGCCACAUCUGGAAGAACACUUAGACACGUUCUCUUUAAUAGGACAUUUGAAGCAAAUUUAAGUCUAACAAAAAAAAACAAUCUUGCCCUUAUCAACUUGUCAAGAUGUUGCCAGACACCUGAGGACAUUUUGAGUGCUUGUUUCACGUCUUUUUCUCUAAAGAGAAAUAAGUUUAAAUUGUUGGAUAGAGCUGCUUUCUUGCACACCAAGAAAAUGAAAGUAUAUUAUAAGAAUACCACAGGUAUACAUGGCAACACCAAUAUUUUAGCUAAGGCCGCUUUCCCUUGUGACGCCUAUUCAUUGCACAAAGUUUACACAUGUGUACCAAACACACAUACACAUGCAACAGAACAGCCUUAAAACCCGAUUGUGGAAAUGGUACAGUAUAAGCAAAGUGAAGCAAUGGUGUUGUUUUUUUUUUCUGCCGUCUUAAAAAAAUGUCUGAUCUAUGGCUGACCUGUAGUCUGGUUCCCCUCAUCUGUCUCUAAUCUAAUAAAGCAAAAGUGAUUGGUUUUACUGGUUUUUCCAGGGCCAAGCUCUCAAAUGCCAUCAACAAGAAUUAGUCACCAUUUGUGUCCUUGUUUGAGGAUUGGUUCUCUGACCUUGACACACAAAUUUACUUGUGAUAAAAAAAAUAGAAAAGAUAAAUAUGUCAAUGGAAUGUGUUAAUUGUCUUAAGUUUUAAAGUUUAAUUUUAACGCAUGGGCAGAAUGAGCAUAUUUUUUGCACACAUUGGAGGACAUCGUUCUCAAAGCUUCACGAAACAUCUGGAGCUUAAAGUAUCAUAUUAAUACCUAGUUUGUAUCAGAGCAGUGUAACUGAGCACAGGGCAGUCACACGUCUACAGCUGGAAACCUGACUGACACAAGUGUCAAAUGGACUGUGAGGAACUGUAGACCGAUUAAUACUGUUGAAGAUAUAUUUUUCAGUUAUAGUUUUCUAUGUUGUUCUUGACAUUUUCCCAUAUUAAUUAAUUCCAACAUUGGAUCAGUCACAAAUAAAAACAGCUGUGAAGCACAUAUAUGCUAA